GCGGCUCAAAACGGGAACAGGUUAUUCGGAUGCAUGUCAAACGGAUCUGACUCUUCAAGUAUCCUAAGAAACAACCAUGAACACAGAACCUUCGUGACGAUCGACAGCGACGAGGACGACAACGAUUCAUACAAGAAGGACAAAGAAACAGUAGUUGACAAAGUAAGAAUCGGAUUACACGUCGUAAUACGGAGAGCCAUUGAUCUCGACGAUUCAUCAAGAAACUUCAAUAAUAAGCACUACAACGUGGUGUUUUGGGUUGUUCCAGGGCAAGAGUUUCGAACAAAAAUAAUCGAAGGUGUGAUUCCAGUGUGGAACGAAGCUGGCAUGGUUGAAAUCGAGAGUAUCGAUGACCACGUGUUCUUGAACAUUGAGGUUCAGAGAUUCAACUCAAAAUCUGAUCCUGGAACGUCGUGUGGCAGGGUUGUUGUUGGUAGAGCAAAGAUUCCGAUCCCGAAAGAUCUUUACCGGCAAAGAAGUGGAUUUAUUUCUUUGGUGAAGAAUGAAGAAGGUGAGAUCAAACCUGCAGGGAGGAUCAUGGUUGGAACGAGGCUUGAGAGGAUUUAGCCAUGGAUUUCUCUGUGUUGGUUCUUUAGGAUCCAGACAUUAUAGGGAUAGAUAUGAUUUGAUGCGAGUCUUUUCAUUUUCUAUGUUUCUUUUUGUUUUUUUUUUUUUUUAAUCUU